AUGGACUCAAAUGCCAGGGACGGAUCCGUUGAUGACGCCGAGAAGGAGGUCUUGGAGUUGGAGGCGCGCCUCGAGGCUGCCAGGGGGAAACUGAAGAGUCUCAAAGGGGAAGCCCUAGAGUCUUGCGAAUCGUUGUCAUUUCGAGGCCUCCCGAAGCCUUCAUUGUCGCUGACUCUAUCGAAUCACUACCUUCUCUUACUGUCAGACUCGGCCCUGCCUCUGGGAUCGUUCGCCUUCAGCAGCGGUCUCGAAUCGUAUCUGGCGCACACCAGGGGCCGCUCGUCCUUUAACGUCUUCCUCCCUGAGUCCAUUUCGGCCUACGCCUCGACGACCCUGCCGUUCGUCGUCGCGGCGCACCGCGACCCAAACGCUCUCGCCGAACUGGACGACCACCUCGAUGCGGCCAUCAUCUGCACCGUCGGCCGCCGCGCCUCGAUAGCCCAAGGCCGUGCCCUCCUCUCCAUCUGGGAGCGCUCCUUCGCGACGUCCCUCCCGGCCCAUGUCGUCGCGACCUUGCAGCCGUACGUGGCGAUGCUGAAGGCCGCCACCUCGUCCCGGGUCUCUUCGACCGCGGACGACUCGGCGGAGCCGCCUUUGGUGUUUGCUCACUUGGCUCCCCUCUUUGGCGCCGUCUCGAACCUGGUGGGGCUCAGCUUGCAGCAGACGGCCUACAUCUUUAUGAUGGGGCACGUCAAGGCACUCAUCUCAGCGGCCGUAAGAGCCAGCAUGUUCGGACCGUACCAAGCGCAAAAGGUGCUCGCGAGCACCCAGGUUCAGCAACUCAUCACGGCGGCCAUCGACAGGGAGUGGGACACGCCCAUUGAGAGGGCCGGGCAGACCAUGCCCGUCAUGGAUCUCUGGAUCGGCAGACACGAGGUCCUGUAUUCACGGAUAUUCAACAGCUGA